GCGCCGUAAAACACUCACCAAAAAAAGAAAAAAAAAGACAGGUUGUUUCGAUCCUUCAGGCUUCAGCGUUAACUUGGGCUGUGUGGGGGGGGAUACUAUAUUUGACAACUAUUAGUCAUUCAACAGAAUAUCUUCUACAAGUCGGAUCCAAACUCAUUUCUUUAGCAUUACUCUACUAUUUCAUUAUAUGAAUAUGAACCGAUCAAUAUUGAUCUUCUCGAAAUUGUGUUUCUACCAUACACGAGACCGUUCACGAAACUGCUUAAUCAUAAUUACUUAAGCCGAUAAAAAAAAAUAGCGAGUCAUAAAAUUAGCGAAGUUGGUACGCUUCUCUCCCCUUACAAAGCUCUUUAUAAUGAAAGUCUUAAUCUGUCUUAAAAAGACGAACGGUUCUGGAAUGGGUUCAUUCUGUUCCUGACGAUUUUGUACUGGGAUUUCAAUAUUUUUAAAAACCCAUUUGCCAAUUUAUAAAAAUCUAAUGCAACAUUUUUUUAACUACUAUGGAAUGGGCUAGGUCAUAACUGAAGCACUUACAUUCAAAAUAUGAAAAGUCUGACAUAUUAAAGGAAGUUGCCAUUUUGAUUAUCUACACUGUUCAAGAAUAAAGAUUAUCCUGUUCCAGAAUCACACCAAAUGGAACAUUGUUGUAGCAACGACUGCAUUCGCUUCUUCCGGUGUUCAAACUGCAGCCUCCUAUCAAGGGGCUUAGCCUAUCUUUAGUAUUUUGAUAAAACUUAACAGAAACCUGCCAAGAUGUCUGAUAUUAUAUCUACUGUACUGUCCUUCGAGGCUGCUUGUGUGGAGCUUUCUCUUGAAAAACCACAGUACAUGGCCAACAUGUUUGAACGAGAAAAAGAGAACAAUGUACUUCGUCAACAGAGCAACGAAGAGUUCCAAGAGUCCAUGCACCUGUACCUGGCCGGCGACCACCCUCAGUUGACCACGGCCAGGAUCACCGAUGUGGAGUGCGCCAUUUUGUACAAGACGCUGGAGUACAACCAGUUCGUGCGCAGCAUCGACCUCCGCUACAACAACAUCACCGACCAGGGCUGUAACGCUCUAGGCAAACUUCUCAGUACAAACAAAUUCAUCGAAGAACUCAAUGUCAUGUGCAAUGACUUUGGGGCAGAGGGAGCUGCUGCACUGGCUAAAUCUUUGUUUAACAACACUACUUUGAAAGUCCUGAGGUUGAAUGGAAACAAAAUUGGCAAUGCGGGUGGCAUGGCCUUUGCUCAAAUGCUACAGAUCAACACAACCCUGAAAAGUCUCGACAUUGGGGAUGCUGAUCUGACGAUUGAGUGUCUGAUUGCUCUGGCUACAGUUUUGAGAGAAAACAACACUUUGGAAGCACUCAACGUGAACCGGCCACUGUUGUGGACAGUCCAAGAGGAACCCACUGAUCACUUCACUCGCAUGAUCAAGGUUAACAAAGGCCUGAAGGAACUGCACAUGCAGAAAUUCAACAUGCGAGACUUUGGAGCUUGUCGCUUUGCUGAGAACCUCAUGCACAACUUUACACUGACGUAUCUCAAUCUCAACUGCAACCGCAUCACCCGAGAUGGGAUGAAGGAGCUAGCCAAGGUGCUCAAGCUCAACACGGGGCUCAAAUGCCUGGACCUGGGCUACAACCGGCUAGAGGAUGAUGGAGCUAUCUCAUUGGCCGAGGCCAUCGGCACUUACAAUACAACACUUGAGUGUUUGAACAUCGUAUACAACAACAUUGGCCCUAAGGGACUCUGUGCCAUUGCUGAAGCUCUCAACUUUAACUCAGCCCUGACCUCUCUCUACAUCUGGGGAAAUCACUUUGACGAUGCAGUAAACAUGGCUUUUUCAACCCACCUCCACUCUGAGCGCCUGCAGGAGCAGAACUGUGACAUCGGGUCGUACGUCGUCGACGGCAAAGUCUACCUCAACCAAACAGGCUUCCUUAUCCGGCGGCACUACUACUACGCGCCCAUAUUUGGUGAUGAUGUCCCAGAGUGGCAGAUACGUGGGGAGCAGGUGCGGAGAGCGGACCAUACUGUGCCCAUUGUACACCAUGAGAACGAUCCGCUCGUUUUGAAAUCCUAAUUGGCAUAAUUUACAGGAAAGAUGAAUAAUUAGGCUACAUACUGUUGGGAACAAGCUGUAGAGGCAAUGUGAAAGUAAUAUAGUGGAUUCCGUUUAAAUAAAAUGUGGUUAAUCUGAUAACUGUGGUAAACUGAACAAAAAUAUAAUCCCUGAUUUUCUUUUCAUCUACUAUUGGAGCAACUUCUCUAAACUGUAAACCCAGCUAAACCAUAGAAAAUCAGACGGUCCCACAGGUUUUAGUUUGAGUGGAUUCCUUUGUAUAUGUUUGUGAUCAAAGGUUUUACGAAUCACACAACGCAUACACCACUCCUCCUGACGAAAUACUAGCCUUUACUACUUAUGAGCAAUUACCGGUAUAUCAAUAUUGCCAUCAAUGCUGAUAAAGAUGUUUCGUUUUAUUUCUCAAAUAGAGUUUCUAUUAGAAUCCCCUACCUUUUCUCUCACUCUUUGUACCUGGGAUACAUCACUCUCUAAAAAUUGCAUCCUUUGUGCGUUUUUAAAUAAAAAAUUGCCAUAGACAUGUUAAGGACGUGUAAUGUCAUGUCUCUAAUGGAGGAGUGAGCCAUCUUGCAGUACAUUUUUUGGUAUGACUGAAGGUUGAAAUAUUCUUGUUCCUAGUACUAGUAGUCCCUACGUAAAACGAAGGGCAGUCAAGUGGAUCCUCAAUACAGCUUGGACUGGUGUAGGGAGGAAGUAGUACAGGUGGCUUGGGGAUUUGGAGGGGGGGGGGGAGCAACAGACUGACCACUGUAGAUGGUCAGCAUUUUGAUCCAAAUGGGGGAUUGAUUGAUACAAUCAUAACAACUGCCCUUUCCAGGACUGGUCAGUCAGUCCCUUAGCACUUUGUCAUAACAUCUCGCCAAUUGGCGAUGCUUACUGUCCUGUUUCUUUGGGUUUCCCCCAAAAUGCCUUUGCCUUUAAUGGCAAGGGUUUUUACUAUAAGAGCCUUGUGAUAGCAAAGUGUUAAACCAUGACAAGAACACUCAACUUUCUUUCAAGCAAUGUCUAUUUCUUAUUGUUUAGAACAGGCAUGGGCAAGCGUAGCUAUUUUGUGGGAUGGAUUCUAAAUAUUUUGUGUGCUGAUGCAGGAGAAUACUGGAUGAAAUCGAUUGAAAUACUUAUGCUCUCAAAAGUGAGACUAAUAUUAGAACAUUAGCAUGUCACUCACGGGCAUUUCAUAAGAUAGAAUAUUAGGUCUAUUGCUUCCAGCUGGACUGGGAACUAUUGAUUAAAAUUAAAAUUUUUGGGGUGAAUAAAUCUAUUUCUACCUUUUUGCUUGCCACAUUCACUGUUGGUAUUAAUUACUAGUUUGACUCGUUGGCUGGACUGAAAUUGCGCUCUAGCUGAAUAUGGUCUGAGGGCUGUUGUUGUAGUUUGCCCAUUCCUGGUUUAGAAAUUCCAAAUGAUCAGAGCAGCCCAAAUGAAUUAAGAAAAAUAAGAAUAAAUCACAGAGCACAGCAUGACAUCUCAUCUUCACAGCUCUCUUGCGAGUAGUUAUCGUGGCUUUCCACCAUCGAGGUGAGAAACUGACCCUACUCUACUCUACUGGACCUUUCGUCUUUAAUGAUGUAACUUGAAGACUCUCGAAGAAAUCUGAGCACUAUGGAAUCACUGAUAUUCAUUCUAUGAUGACAUCUGACAGUGUAAGAUAGUACUUGUAACUUGCAAUGCAGCAUCAGACUUUGAGCAUAGAUCCGUAAACUUAUCUCAUUGAGCCUUUUGUUUUUGUAGAUGGAAAGGAUAAGAUUCACAUAACAUUUUAUGUUUUUUUAUCUUUCUGAAUUCAUUCAAUUCAAGUGCUUGCCUCGAAAUCAGACAAAGACUUCAAUUGUAUAGCCUAUAAUCACUGUCCUUGCUAAGAUAGAUGCAGGCCUUUUUUUAGAAAGCUCUGUGUUUGAAAUCGUUCCCCUAGACUUUGAUUGUAUAUGGAAUCUUUAGUAUAGGAUUAGGAGAAUUUAAGAUUUCAAAACUGAUCUCUAUGAUAGGGGAAAAAAAGUCAAUGAAUACAAAGUGUAUGUUGUAUGCGGGCAGGAGAACAACAGUACCCCCAUAAACAUGUAAAUAUAAUACGGAUAAUAUUAUCUUGGUGUGAUAUGUGCAGCUUAUUUCUUACAUAUUGUAAAGAAAAACCAGUGUAUGGAUUUGUGAAUCACAAUUUUGGGGGCAGCAAAAGUACAAGAAGUCGUCCUUGUGUUGCCUGUAUGAAUGUGGUGAAAGUGUGAAUAUUGGAAUGUACAGUUUGAAUGAAUUUAUUAAAAAAAUGGAACUUGU